AUGGCAUCAAACACCGCCGCACUCGACAUGCUCUCGCAAUCUUACCCUGAGCUCAGGGAUAGAAUAAUACUCGAUCUUUACCACGCUAUAGUCGGCGAUUUCAUACAUCCAGCUACUAUGUGGAAUCAGUGUCCACCCGACCGCUCUAGGCCCCUUCGCGUUCUCCUCAACACAUUCUAUUCGCAUUGUCUCGUAUCCAAAGAUUUCAAGGAUCGCAUCGAAAACUACGGCAACCUGUGGUCUGUCAUUCCGCUAGGCCAGACAGACGAAGACAAAGUACCUCGGUUCCUCGCCAUGUCGAAACGCUGCCCUCUCACCGUCUUAGUCACCGACGGUUACUCUAUCGGCCAACUGUACGAGCUAUUCACCACAGACGGGUACCGCAUCAAGAACCUCUACAUCGAUCUUCCUGCCGAUUUAUGGCCCACUCUUUCACCCGCCAUAGGUCGCAUACAGCUACCUAAGCUUCGGAACGUGUUCUUCGGUGCGAGGGGUAUACCGACUGAGGAGUCGAACGUGGAAGACGAAGCGGCAAACGUAGGAGGUUGGGGACUUGGAGGAGGAGGGAAUGUGGGAGGGGGAAAUGGUGGAGGGUUGGGCGGAGGCGCUGGCGGGAAUAAUCAGGUGCAUCUUUUGGCUGGGCGCCAUCGUACGCAAGUGAAACCCAACCGUGCCGCCGCACGACUAUCACGGCUACCCGCCUCCACUCUCCUACUAAGAGAUUCCGAGUUCGCCUUCCAUCACUUAGAGCCCCCUCACAAUCUCUCAACUCUCCAUAUCCACAAAAGCCACAAGGGUCGCUCCAGUACCUACUUCCUCGAUAUCGUCGAGCUCCAACGGGUCCUCAUAUCAUCUCAUGCACUCCUGGAGCUAGAGCUGUGGGACGUAACGGCUCACGGGCCCCGAGCACAGGCUCCUAUCAUCGGUUCCAGCCUCCGUUAUGUCGCACUCCGAGGAGGUUCCACAUCCAUUGCGGCACUCACUCACUUUCUAGGCCUUUGUCAGCUCCGAGUCGCCGUGGUGCAAAUCAACGAGCCGGUUUCCUACCAGCCCACACUUCAGACCGACAUGCUAUCCGCCGUCUCUUCCCUCACUGCGGGUAAAACCAUCACGGCCGUCGGCAUAUCCAUCAACCUCUCCUCGGAAGACUUCUGGCAUUCCACAGUCGACGUAGUAUUCGCUUUGUCUGAUGCGUCUACGGUAUCGGUUCAAGUACACUACACGGACGCACAAGGGAUCCACGCAACGCUGGAGAAUCUGGUGCCACCCAAUUUACGCCUAUGCAUCGAGAUCAUACCCGGCGCCGAUGCGAGUGACAUGGUGCACAACGUAUUCCCGCUUUACACCAACCUCCCCAACUUCUGUUCUUUCCACCUAUCCAUCCACGAGCAUCACAUUCCUGCUCUGUUGAACGCCUUCGAGAGCUUCAGGCCGCCACGUCCGCGUACGUUUUUAUGGCUGCAUGGGGAACGGAGGGCAGUUGCAUUGGGAAAGAUACAGACGAACCAUUCUUCAUGGGUCCCUUACGUAUCUGUGGCCGACGAAGAACGAUGUGCGAGAUUCAUGCCGAGGAGCAGGAGAGGAUGGGUUUCGGAUCGGGACGGGGACUUAUUCUCGCCGUUGGUACCCCAGGAUGUUCCAAUACUAAAGCUCCGUAUUAUAGCAGACCGCUACCAAGGACUUUUUGCGAAGCUCUACUCCGGAUAUCUGGGGACAUAUAUCAGAACCGGCCUGGGCGAAGAAAUCAGCAAGGCUGGACAUCUCAGCAAACUCUCCAGCACGACGGGGGUGGAAGAACCGGGUGCAAUCAAAAACCGGGACUACAGAGAACGAUAA